CCCAGCCACACCUGCACCUGGUUUUUGCUUGCUUUCCACCAAUCGUCGGCUUGUGUGAAGAUGGCAGAAGAGCCCGCGGUGCCGGUUGAAAAGGUUGAUCCCAAAGAGGAGACGACCACAUCCCUGCCGCAGGAGCGUCUUGUCCCUGCCCCGGAGUUGACCUCUGGGGCGGAAUGGCCAUGGAAGAAGGUGGGUGGGAGCCCGGCUGCAGAAAGCACAAAUGUCGAGGUGGUGGAGGGUCCGCUGACCUUCCAGAAGGCCCUUUGGGACCGGUUUGACUUUGUGUGGAAGCAAAGGGUUGAACCAUCUCAAGGACAGCUUCAGAAGCUGUGUGAUGUUCUGAAGGCGCGUGCAGAUUUGGAGCGGAAGUACGGCGAGAGCCUGCUGGGCCUUGGGGAGACCUUCAACCCAGAGCCAGGAAACUCGUUGCAUGCCGCUCGGGAGGCGAUGAUCGUGAACUUCCGGAAUCGGGGAGAGCAAUCCAUCGCCCUGGCCGACGAGUUGGAGCAGGACAUCAUCGUCAGCUUCGAGUGCGUGAUCAAGCAACACAACGAGGUGUCGAAACGAAUCUACUCAGACGUCCAGCUGCUGCUGAAGCACUUGCAGGACAAAAAGAAAGCCCAUGACAAGUCGGCCAGAAGAUAUGGAUCGCGCUGCGUGGAAGCCGAAAGCACUUCACAGGACUGCCUGCAGGCCGUGUCCAUGAAGACGCCGGAGAGACUCAAGUUGGCGCAGCAGGCGACCAUCCUGAGCAAGCAAGCCAGAGUCGCUGAAUACGACUACUACCAUGCCAUCGAUCAGGUCCCCGUGAACAUCGAUCCAAGCCACCUAGCUGCCAUGCCGACGCUUCGCUUGGAGCUCGGAUCGCCCUUGCUUAUGACAGCAUUAAACUGGCUCAAGGAGGAGGGCUUGGUGCUGGAUGAAGAGAAGUUGGAGUCCUUCGAGCUGAUCGGGUGGAAUAGCCUUCAGCUGGAUCUCUUUGUGGAAGAUGUGACGAAGAAGCAAGAGCUGCGGCUGCACGACUUUCAGGAUCCCCACCAUCCCGCGCACCAUCGGGUCCAGGUGGAUUUGGGUGACGAAUUGGAUGCGCAGAUGGUGGACGAUCUGCUUCUGGCGCUGCAGGGCUACGCUUUUCUCCCAAUGCCUGACGAUCCAGAGAAUGAAGCUGCAUCUCCAAAGGGCCGGUACGUCUUGGUGGGGGUCUACUUCUCCAUGCUCUUGGUGAUCGCCAAAGUGGCACACGCCAAGAAGGUCAAGGCGAUCGAGCAACAUGGGGAGAUCAAGGCCCACUUCAGUGGAUCGUAUGGCGUGUUCUUCCUCUUCCUCACGACCUUCUCCACGGUCUACUCAGGCUACACGGUGAUUGGCAUUCCGGAGGAGGCCUUCGCCCGGGGCUUUGUGGCCCUGCGCUGGAUCGGUGCCACCUUGAUGAUUGUCGCAGGCAUGCUGGUGUUCAAUCCUCGACUUCGACGAGUUGCUAUUCUAAGAGGCUAUACCAGCCCGCUGGAUUUCAUCAACGACCGCUAUGGCACAAUGCGUUUGAGACUGCUGUGUACCAUUUGUGGGGUAAUCCCAAUCAUUGGCUACAUUACCGCGCAGAUCGUGUCCUUCGCAGCGAUGUUGGAGGGAAUGACCUUGGGGGCGAUCCCCAAGUGGAGCUGCAUGCUGAUUUUUUGUGUGAUGAUUUUGACCCUAGAAUUCCUUGGUGGCAUGAACAGCGUGGUGCUCACGGAUGCCAUUCAGAGUGUUGUGAUGAUCGCUUCAUUUCUGGCCAUCCCCAUCGUUUUAGCUGCCCAGUAUGGCACCAUCCCGUCGCUGGGCCCACCCGACUGCGGGUUUCUGCGGGGUGUCAACACCAGCGCCCCCGUCGCCAGCGCUUACGUGGUGCCCGCAGAGUGUACAGUCGAGGGUGCGGGGAAUGGCUGCAUGCCAGCAGGCUGCAUUGCGGCGGUGAACCCGGAGUUCUACCAGUUCCCGAGCCGGGCUGUGGGCUGUGAGAUCGCCUUCUUUUUGCUGAACAUGCUCACUGCACCUCUCUCGCCCCACUUUAUCCAGCGGACCUAUAUCGCUACAUCGGACCAGGACCUGCGCGUGGUCAUGGCUGCAAUGUUGGUGGCGCCCUUCAUUGCGCAGAUUCCUGGGAUCGUCUUGGGGCUCACGAAGAGCGCCUAUGAUCCCUUGUUUCCUGUGGUCGAUCAAGACGCCACAGCCUUCAGCGGUUUGUCCGCUCAGCUGAAGAUGGCAGGACCCCUGCAAUAUGUCUUGGUGACGGUGAUGACUUGCUCCACGCUGGCGGCCAUCAUGUCCACCGCCGACAGUGCAGUCAUGGGUGCCUCCUCCAUUGUCUCCAUCGACCUGCUCAAAGGAACGCUCCUACCAAAGCUAACGACCAAACAGGUGGUACGCGCUGGAGAGUGCAGCAGUGUGCUCAUUUGUGCCCUGGCCAGUUGCUUGGGGAUGCUGUGCAGCUCGGACCAACUGGGCGCCAUGAUGGUCUUCCAAGGAGGGAUUUCAAUGCAGACACUUCCAGCCUUUGGACUUGGGCUGUAUGUGCCCAUCCGGGAGCCGGCGGUAAGUGCCGGCCUCCUUGUUGGCCUAAUCUCCUUUCCAAUGAUGAUGUUGGCAGGGAACCCUGUCGAGGACUAUGUGCCCACUGUCUACUUGGCAGCCUUGCUGAACUUCCUCACCGUAGCGCUGGUGCAGCUCUUCACACCACAGGCGCCAACGUCUGAGAAGCAAGGCUUGACCAUCCAGGCGAUCCGAGAGGCCAUGGUCAGCUCGAAGGAGCCCAAGCUUUCGUUGAUUUUCUUAAUGCUCGCCUUGGCAAUGGCCUCCGCCCCGUGGUACGGCGUCCCCGGGGAGGAGGAACCAAUCCUCUUUGGGCUGCCACGCUGGGGGCUCUUUCAGUUUGGCGCCUUCGUGAUGAUGUUUCUCCUGGGGCUGAUCGCUUGCUUCUUGUGGAAGCCGCCCGAGCGCGCUGCUGAGCAAGGCAGUGAGCCGCCAAAACGCAUGAGUGGCGAGGAUGGAACGGACAUCAGCUCUCUCUGA